AAUGGCCUAGGAAAAAUAAUAUAUGUCAACUACAACCUCUAAUCUCAUGCAGUUUUUUUUAAUCUAUAGAUUCAUUAAAGUGAUAAUCUGAUUAAUCUACUGCUAUGUUUCUUUUUGCUACUACUUUAGUCAUAUGAGUUUCAAUGUUAGUUUGUUUCAGGGUUUUUUGCAUUCUGAGUUUAAUUCCAUUUUUGGAACUCAAUUCUAAGAAGAGGAUAUGGUCUGUGAUCAAGCAUGUAAACACAAAAUGUGGAAAUGAAAGUGAUCUUAAAUGGCUCCAAAAUUGCUUAAACUUGCUGAAGUCACUGGAAUACUUGAACCCCAUGACGCGAUAUUGGUUCGUGUUGUUCGCAAGUGGAUUGUUCAUUACAAAGACACAUAGAAGGGAGUCCGUUCUCUAGAGCUUUUGCUUGAAAAUGAGAAGGUGAGCAGAUGGGGGUCUCAACAUCAUAUAAUGCCUCAAAGGUUCUCCUUGACGUCAAUGUCCCUUAUAUCGAAGAGUUUCGAACAAGGAUGUUGGAUAUGGGCUCAUCACAAUCCUUGAGCUCGACAUCAUCACGAGCUGCAUUAAGUGAUGAUAAAGAAGUUGGAAUUGUCAAGAUGUUGUCUGAACUACAAACUACUAAGGAGGCUCGUGGGUUGUGGUUUUAUGGGAAGAUAAACGCUAUUCUGAAUGCUACCAGUUGGGCUUAUAUGGGAUGCUUCAAAAGGUCAUAUUUAGUGAUAGCCUCCAAGACAGUCAUAUUUAGUCACAAGUAGAUUCUUAAUUAAUCAUUACAUUUAUUUAGAUGUUUACAUAUCUAAAUAAAUAACUUAAGCUACGAGGAAAGGACAUACUUAAGCUACGAUUCAGCAUCUUCCUUCUGACUCAGAUAACGAGCUCUUUCAAGACAUUCAUUCUCCAGAAUUUCUUAAUAGCAUCAAAUGUUCUGGUGUGCCAAGUCAUGAACUGAAGUUUUAGGUGGGUGUGCCUGUGAUGCUUAUGAGAAACAUAGAUCACACUGUUGGGUUAUGCAAUGGCACGAGACUCAUGGUAACUAAACUCGGGACUCAUAUUAUUGAGACUCAGAUGAUGUCAGGAUCAAAUGCUGGUGAAAAAUAUCUUAUUCUCAGACUUAGUUUAACUCCUACGGACUUGAAGCUCCCCUUCACGUUUCAGCACAGACAAUUUCCUCUUAUGGUUAGUUAUGCGAUGACGAUUAAUAAGAGUCAAGGACAAUCGUUAGAAAGGGUCGGUGUAUUCUUGCGGCGUCCGGUUUUUACUCACGGACAGUUAUACGUUGCGGUAUCGAGAGUUACAAUUCCAUCCGGG